UGAUGAAGAAGGCUCCUGAGGAGAGAGAAUCCCUGCUGUGAGGUCAGUCUGGGUCUGCACUUAGAGCUGUUAUUGGAACCUGCAGCCACAGUCUAGCCAGUGGAAGGCAGCAGGUAGCAGACCACAGCUGCAAGACCUCCACUCCCACCUGGUGAAGAAACUCAAACCUGAUUCCCAGGAAAAUCAGGGAACUCAGUUCAUUUCCAGCCACAGAUGACUUAGGAAAAACUUUUCUACAUCUUUCCCCAGCAAAGACAAAACCAUGCAUGAAAUGUGUAUAUUCUUCUAAGUCCCUUAAAAUCCAGAAAAGGAAGAAUGGGAGGAAAGAACUAAAGUAAUCUGAGCCUUGUUAACAAAUCUAGAAGAAUUUCUAGCCAAACGUGCCUAUGAAUAUGAAGUAUGUUUUGUGGUGUCUACAGCUGGGAGCCUUUGUACUUAUGGCAGCUGUAUCAGGAGAAGAUGAGCUAUUCUCAAUGAUAACAGCAGUCUGCCAUUUCCCACAAGUUGUUUUUUUUUUUUUCCCAACUCCUGUUUUUGUUCUAUUCUGGUAGUGUAUUAAAAAAAUAAAACAAACCACCCUCAAAACGGAGAUAUUUCUGGCAAAGCUUCAACAGCUGAAUUUGGAUGGAAUGAGCCAACAGAUGUGAUUCAUGUUUCUUGUUUUGAAGUUGACCUGUGGGAACCUGGCACCUUCUUUGUUUCCAGCACAGAUAAACCUUCAUGGAACAGUGAAGCACCAGCCAAACAAAACCACUGAUGGGGUAAAUUGGCAGGAAUUUGGGGGGAGAUAUAUCUGCCCCUGGGGCUGCCAGUGUCCAGAAGAGCCUGGCAGUCACAAUCCUACAUCCAUCAGCCUGGUAUUUUUAAACCCUGAGGACAGCUGAGAAACCUCACAUCGACCUUCUUCUGAGCCCCAGAGCUGGUGUGUGGCACCCUCUGCCAUGAGGGAUGUUGUCUGGGCUUCUGGGAAGCCAAAAUGAUUCCUCUCUGAAGGGACAGCACAGCUCCAGUGAUUGGGAUCUCCUUGCUGGUGAGAUUUAGACGAGUUUAAUGCUGGUUACAGUCACUUGUAAAAGAAUCUCUCAGUUCUGCUGUUCAUCUGUAGCCUGUGGGAGGGAUCCUGUGAGCCUUCAUCAUCAUAAGGAAAAGCCCUGCAUGCUCCCAACACUGGGAAAACACUUCCAUGGAGCCACAGAGUUUGAAACCACGUUCAGAUGAACAGAAAUAAAGCAGACUACUUUGCACGCCAGAAAGCUUACCCUUCACACUUAGAGGCCCUGAGUUUCUACCCCCAGGAGACCUUUGUAGAUAGGUACAAAGCAGCACCAGUCCCCUCCCCUGAGAGCGAAACACUGUCCUCUGAAGUCUGCCGAGAGCUGCUUUGUGGUACACUUCAUCUGAGCAAGAACAAGAGUCUGGCUUCAACCAAGACAGAAGGGAGCAUAAGACAAAGAGAAAGCCUUGACUGACAACAGCAAAAUGAGCUCUGGAGACCCCAAACCUGCUGGAACAAGCAGCAUAUAAUGAGGAAACUUUGGCAGUAUUUCCAGCAGUCACAACACAUCUCUCAAAGCAGCAGCCCCAACUGCAAGCUUCAGGAAAAAAUAGGAAAAGUGAGUUUCAGCACCGCCGGGAGCCAGCAGUGAGCGCCCAAGUUCCUCUGCGUUUCUGGAGCUGGUCCGAAGUGUUACUCCAAGUUCAGGCAGCGCCAUCCGACCGGGACUCUCCGGUCCAUUUAAGAGUGUGCACAGUUGCAGAGGAACGAGGAGGUGCGGUGCUCAAACCACUACGCAACACAUAAGCUCAUUCUCUCCCCUAAUGGGAAGCUUUCUGAACACUGGGCUAAAGGUUCAGCAAACUGCCCCAAGACAAGGCUGGUGCAAGAAAUGGGAAGCCAAAGUAUUGUUCAAAUAGCAUGUGGGGACCAGCACGCCAUGGCACUAUGCAGAGGGGGUGAGCUCUUCACCUGGGGCCAGAACACCCACGGACAGCUCGGAGUGGGGAGCCAAACCACGCUUACUCCCAAACCACAGCUGGUGGAAAGACUAAAGGGCAUCCCACUUGCUCAAAUUGCUGCUGGAGGAGCUCACAGCACCACGGUGUCACUCUCUGGAGCUGUGUACUCCUGGGGAAAGAACAGUUUUGGACAGCUGGGACUUGGAGACACGAAAGACAGGGACUGCCCAACAUAUGUUGCAGCUUUAGAGCACUGGAAGACUGUAUUUAUCUCAUGUGGGGCAGAUCAUACUGCAUGUCUCUCCAAGGAGGGGCUGGUGUGCACCUUUGGAGCAGGAGGGUCUGGCCAGCUGGGUCACAACUCCACCCGGGAUGAACUCCUGCCUCGUGUGGUGGCUGAGCUGUGGGGAGCAAGGGUUUCACACAUUGCCUGUGGCAGACAACACACUCUGGUCUAUGUCUCUUCCUUGGACAAAUUCUAUUUCUUUGGUUCUGGUGAUGAAAGACAACUGGAAGAUGAGAGGAAGCCAAAUCAGUUGAUACCACUUCCCAUCAAUUCACCAGUGAAUACUGGAAAAUCCUGCCAGAAAAAGGGUGAGUCAAAAAAAGGGAUCAAAAUUACUGCAGGAGUACACCAAAGUUUUGUCCGUUGCAAGGAGAACAAGAAUUCGUAUUUGAAUGGAAUUGCCACUCUGGAGGAUAAAGAAGUGGAUGCAUGGAUUUCUAAUUCUAAAUGUCGUGAGAGUAUAAAAAAGAAUAUCAUACUGAUCUUUUCAUCUGAGGCUUGCAUCAAUGGAAGCUUCCUGGACAAAAGAGACAAACAUUUCAAAACUUCCAAAGAAGUCUCAGGCAUAGACAUGUCAGAAGUGAAACGUUUUUAUGAGAAGAUCAGUAAAAACCGAACAGCCUACCAGGAGGUGCAAAAGGAGAUUAGGAACUUACUGCCAUCAUUGUCUCCCUCUCCCAUCUCACCUGAAAAUUUCAGAGUCUACUUGAUCUUGCCUUUUCUUCUGCAGGAGAAGGAUGGAGACUCUUUCCUUUCUCUGAUUCUUCUAGCUCAAGCCAUCCUGAAGCUUCAUCCAGAGGGUCUGCAAACUCUUGAAUGCCUAUGGUCAAAUCUAGAAACAUCCUUUUUCAAGGAGCUGGUUAAUCUGUAUCAGAGCGUUUCCCAGCAAGUUCUGUUUGAAUUUUUCCUGUCGCUCAUAACCACUGGGCCAGGCCACUUCUUCAACCUGGAUCCAGCUGAAACUGGGCCUCUGCAAAUACUGCAGAUGCUUUACCAGGUGAACUCCAGAACUGGUUUCAGAGUACAUGAAAGCAACUUCCAUAUACCUCAAGUGAGAGAAAUUAUCAACCUAUGUUCAUGGUUCAAUAUAGCGACAGUCCUAUGGAAGCUGAGCAAGUACCCAUGCAUCUUUGACAGAGAAAACAAGAUCCUUGUUCACCGUACAGAAUGCAGUUUUCUGUCCAGGACCUCUCCUACACCCUUUAUAUGGAUCCCUGAGACAUGGAGUUUUCGUGUCAGAAGACAACACCUUCUGCAAGACAUAUGGAAAAAUUUAAAAUCCGCCUCAAACCAAGAUUUCAGGAAGAUGUUAAAGGUGUCUUUUGUGGGUGAGGCGGGGGUGGACCAAGGUGCGGUGUCCCAGGAGCUCUUCAGCAUUGCAGCCAGGACCCUCUGCCAGCGCAGCACCAGCGCCUUCUGCCACUCCUCCUCCGGCCUCGUGUGGUUCCCCAGACGGGCCUCGAGGUGCGAGGAUGAGGACACCUUCCUCUUGAUUGGGACACUGUGUGGAAUGGCCCUGUUUAACCAGCGCAUGGUGCCCUUCCCCUUCCCCAGGGCUCUCUACAAAAAGCUACUGGACCUGGCCCCCACCCUGGAGGACCUGGAGGAUCUGAUGCCAACCAUGGGCCGGAGUCUUUGGAGAAUUUUGAAUGAAGAAAGUGAUAACUUGGACUUGGACUUUACGAUAAUGGAGGGAGAAGAUUCCACAGAUAUUGUUGAACUUAAAGAAAAUGGUGCCAGCAUUCCCGUCACUAAGGAUAACAGGAAAGAAUACGUUGAUUUGUACGUGAAUUAUGUGUUCAAUAAAUCAGUACAGAAGCCAUUUGAGGACUUCAUGCAAGGGUUUUUAAGAGGCUGCCCAGCUAGAAAUUGGAAGAUGUUUUUCCCUAAAGAGCUGCAGGUUCUUCUCCAGGGAUACACCACAUUUGACUGGCAUCUGCUGGAAAAGAAUGUGAUGUACAAACAGUAUAACAAGUUAGAUCAAACCAUCAGGAAUUUUUGGACUGUGUUUCACAAGCUACCAGAGGAAAAAAAGAGAAUGUUUCUUGUUUUUUUGUCAGGAUCUGAUCGAAUCACUGGCUAUGGACUGGAACAUUUUAGAUUUUUGAUUGCAGAUCCUCAAGUAGAAAAUCCAGAUGAGUCCUCUCCCUUCGCCAGUACUUGCUACCUCAUUUUGUUCCUCCCCAGGUACAGCAGUGAAAAAAUACUCAAAGAGAAGUUGCUUUUUGCCAUAGAGCAUAAUGAAGGUUUUGGCUGUGAAUAACUCUGGGAUAGAAGCACUUUAAAGCAAAAUAAGAAAAUGAAUCUUUGUUCACUUGUCAUAUUUUCUCUUAAUAACUCAAAUUUACUGGUUUCUACCCUGCCUUAUUUUUACUGCACUUUAUAUACACCUGAUUGUGUGUAUUUGCUGAGAUUUUACAUUGCUUAUGGAAUUGAGCUUUGACUAGAUACCUCAUAGUUAGAUAGUAAAGGUAGGAGAAAAAUGCUGUUUGGCACACUUCAAAGAAGCAAGCUGAUAACCCAGCAUAUUUAUGUGUAUGUGCAGGCAGGGUCUGAACUGUUCUGGUUGUGUUAGGACAGUGAGCUCCCAGCAGCAGGGAUUCUGUGAUUUGUACAUUUAUGCAUUAGCAAGCACACAACCAGGAUGUGCUAAGCAGUCACCCUCGCAAGGCAAAGCUGGGGUGAGGUUUUCAUCUGUGUUACUUAAGGGUUCUCUUGGGGAGCAAUUAACACAUUUAAUGAGACUAUGAAUUGAAGGAGCAGUCAGUGCUCACCUGGAUUUGGUCUAUGAUUUAUCUGAGAGAAAUUCUUAGGAGGAUUUGAUCAUUCCUAGACUUUUUCAAAAGCUGUAUUAAUGAAUUAUAACAAUAUAAUCUUUUGUUAUUUAGUGUGAUAAUUGUGAUAUAUGUCAUGUUUCUUUAUAUCCUUUAAUGAGAUGUUUCACAAUUAAAUCAUAAAAUCGUAGGCUUGCAGAACAGCACUGUCUACAGAGCCCUGUGGACAUGAGGCUGGCAGGGCUUCUGGAAUCUCAUUGUCAAAACAGUGCAGAGCACUGGCAGGAUAUUAACAAUGUCAGGCAGGAUGUGUGUUUGCUAUGUGGAGAGAGGGAGAGAAACAACAGUCAUUAUUUUUCAGCAGUCUUCUCUUCGGUGCGUUAAAUGUGUCAGGGGACAUCCAUAUGUAGAGAAGACUUCCACUGUCUUAAAUAAAAUGGUGAUGGAUUGAAUUUUCA